UUAAGUUUUUUCAGGAUGUGUCUUAUAGAAAUUGGAGUUGAAGAAAGAGGAAUGGCACACUCCAUUGAGAUUACCUCAAUAGAUGAUCAAAUUUCACUGUUACCUCAAAUUGAAAAUGAUGAGAUAGAAGAAAAGAGGAAAGUGGAUCAUUUAAUCAGCAUAAAUGAAAGAAUGGAUGAAAUGUUUGAGGAUUUAGACAAAUCAUCUAUUAAAUCGCGUUCCAUAUUCAAAGUAAACGUGUGGCUACGUGAAUCAAAUUCAGAUGCAUAUACACCAAAGAUGGUAUCUAUUGGUCCUUACCAUAAGAAAAAUCCUCAACUUGAUCCAAUGGAAAAGUACAAACUAUUGUACCUGCGACGAUUUCUUCAACGAAAAGAGGGGCUUGAUGUGAAAAGUUGCAUCAGUGAAUUGCAGAAACUGAAGGAGGAAGCACUUAAGUGUUACGACGACAUAGAAGAACUUGGUAAUGAUAGUCAAUUUUGCCAAAUGUUGUUGCUUGAUGGUUGUUUUGUGGUUGAGUUUAUUCGAGAGCGUUGUGAAAUGUGUCCAGAAGGAGAAAACAAAAUUAUCAAUAUUAAUGAUAAUUACAUAUUUCGAGACUUGAUGUUACUAGAAAACCAACUUCCUUUCUUUGUUCUCAACCAACUUCAUGACAUGACAAAGCAAGAUGAUGAAUUACCAUUGAGAAUAUUGGCAAAUAAUUUGUUUACCUUUUUUGUUGACUUGCCAAAAAUGACCCCUGAAUCCUUUAGAAAGACAAAAUGUAAUGAAGAAAAUAUCAAACAUUUACUUCAUGCAGUACACAUAUUUUCAUGUCAUGGGAAUCCCAUGAAAAAGUCAAAUCAUAACAAAAAGAGGCAUAUGAUCAUGCCAAAUGCAACAGAGCUUUCCGAAGCUGGAGUUAGCUUUGCAAAGAUCGGAAAUAUUAAUAGAAACAAAGACAAUAUUAGGGAUAUGACGAGUUUAUUUGAUAUAAAGUUCGAAGAUGGAUUGAUGACAAUCCCUUGUUUUCAAGUCUGUGAUGAUACAGAAACAUUCUUGCGAAAUCUCAUUGCUUAUGAGCAACAAUCAUCUGAUGUACAACCUAAAUAUUUCAGUGAUUAUGCUACUUUCAUGGAUUAUCUUAUCGACUCAGACAAAGAUGUGAAUUUACUUCGCCGAAAAGGAAUCAUAGAGAACUGGAUUGGAGAGGACAAAGAAGUGGCUAGUCUCUUCAAUAAAAUCGGAAAUGGGGUCACUGUUUAUUCUACCUUCUAUUACAAUGAAGAAUGCAUAAAAGCAAUUCAACAUUGUGAACAACCAUGGAACAGAAUGAAGGCAAAUUUAAGGCACAAUUACUUCAAUAGUCCUUGGGCAGGAGCUUCAACUGUGGCAGCCAUCAUACUCCUCUUGCUCACAGCUACACAGACUGUUUUAGCUUUCACAGGUGCCGUUAAGUAGUAAUUAUCAUGAUUGUCUCAAUUGUAGUGUUUCCUCACAACUCCAUACAUGUAAUUUGCAUGUUGAUGAGCUUAUGAGUUUUUCAUGUCCCCCUUUUGUAUUGAGUUUUUAUAGUUGAAUGCUAAUUUAGUUUAUUUCAAGUAUCUAUACAUGUCACCUCCUACCAACAACAUGUAUCCGAUAACUUUAUCCACUACGCAAGCCAACACAUUAAAACCUUCAAUAUAGAUUGGCCCUACCCAAGCACAAUGUGGUUUUAAGCACUCGGGUGAUGUUUUUAGACAGCAGCUGGCCAUAUGGUUAUUUUGGGGGGUUAAGUUCAAAUAUUCCAACUGAAUUUCUGCCAAAAACAUUUACCACAACUAUAUAGCAGCUACUCGAUGUUCGACACCUCUCUUAGGCACUUGAGCAUGAAAAAACAACUAAUGAACAUGAAAUGUAUAUAUAUGUUAGUUGAACAUGA